UUUGAUACAAUGUCUAUAUUGAUCAAACAUAUCGAAUCGCACAAAGAGGAAAGAAAAAAAAGUGGUGAAGAAAAAGGAAACACAGAAACAAUCCAAACAAAUAAAAGAGAAGGAAAAGGAAAGACAGAAACAUUAAAAACAAAAUCAAGAGAGCAAAAAGGAAAGACAAACAAUAGAAACAAAAAUAAGAGAACAAAAAGGAAAGACAGAAACAAAAACAAGAGAAGAAAAAGGAAAGACAGAAACAGUGAAAAUAAAAACAAAAGAACAAAAUGGAGAGACUGAAACAAAAUUAAGAGAACAAAAAAGAAAGACAGAAACAAAAAUAAGAGAACAUAAAGGAAAGACAGAAACAGUAGAAUCUAAAAUAAGGAGAGAAAAAUUGGCAAUAAGUCAUGUAAGUGACAAAAAGGAAGGAACAACCAAAAUCACAGAUGACAUCAAAAAUUUCUAUCUGAAGAUGACUUGAACAGUGAAACAAGCUCAGUUACUGGUAUCAUGACUCCGACAAUUCCGGUGGCAAAUACCGAUGUAAACAAAAACUCUGAAAGAGAUAUUUAUAGAAAAAGUAAAAGAAUGGAGGAAAGGAGAAUCAGUAGUUGUGCCGAUUGAUCCAUCCCAGAUCAAGACAGAACAUCCUGACAUCUUUGACAUUGACUCCUUGGUCCAUACUAUUAAUAGGAACUGUGAGAUUUGUCCAAGGAAGUUCAAUAGGUCGUACAGAGACAUUGAAACAGAAAUGAUUAUGACAGAAAUUACUGGAUCCCAGACUGGUUCCCCAGUUCAAAAAGAAACAGUUGUCAACAUUAAAAAGGAGCCUAAUAGUUCACCUAUCAAAGGUUUGAUGCAAAUGGCAAUGCAAAAAGGUUUAGAAGAUAGUGACCAGUGGGGCAAUUUCAGUGAAUUUGAUAUUGAUAGUGUUGUUAAUGUUGUCAAUAGAAGAGACAAUGGGAGACAACUGGCAGAUUGUCAUGUAAAUAUUGUGAAAGUAGAAGACCAGGGGAGGCAACUGGCUGAUUGUCAUGUAAAUAUUGAGAAAAUAGAAGACCAAGGAAGGCAACUUGAAGAUGGCAUUGUAAAUUUUGUGAAUAGAGAAAAUCAUGGGAGAGAACUAGAAUAUAGUAAUAUCACUAUUGUGAAAGAAGAAAUACAGGGGAGGCAACUAGAGGAAGAGGCAUAUUUACAGAUGGAUGAUAUUGAAGCUCUUGUUCAUUAUACAAAUAGAAAAUCGCAUUCAGUCAGCCCUUCGAAGAACAGUGCUUCUCAACAGCCAUCAUUGUCAGCUAAACCUAAAACAAUUGUUGGCCUGCAACUGACAGAUGACAACAAAGGAAGUAAAUCUCCAAAUAAAAAGGGAGAUUACUCUUUUAUAAUUAUCACCAAAAAUGAAAAAGAACUAUAAAUUAAUAGAUUGUUCUGUGGUUUUGGACACUAAAGACAUUCAGUCUAAACUGCUGAAUUUACAGAAAAAUGCAGAGUCUGGAAAGGAAGACAUGAACAGUAGUGUACAUGAUUUAAAGAGAAGUGGAGACAUUUCUGAUUUUAAAAAUGUUGCAAAGAAACCCAAAAUUGGUCCAAAAUGCAUGAAAAGACAAGACAAAGAUGAAGUAAAAGAUCACAAAAAGUCUAAAUUUGUUAUUGACCACAAAGCCAAAGUUUUGAAACUGAAUUUAUCAAGGUGGGAUAAAAAUCUGGAAGCAAAUGAGACUGAUAAAGAGAUUGACAAAGAAGUGACAAAAAAGUUAGAAAUUGAAAAUGAAAGGAGAAAGGAGAAAUCUCGUCCUAAACAUAAGGAAAAAUCUGAAAAUGAAAGUAAACCGACAAAAAUUUCAGUAGAGAAUAAAGAAAAAGAAAGAUCAGAUAAUGAGAGUCGACAUAUAAAAUCUUCUUCAGAUGGAAAUAGAAAACAGGACAAAAAACAUGAAAAUGACAGUCGGGAAUAUUCAGACAAACAUAAACAUUCAGAAAAACCUAAACAUCCGCAUUCAGAAAAGCAUACGCAUGGAAUUUCAGAAAAACCUAAACAUGGACAAUCAGAGAAGCAUAAACAUGGAAAUUCAGAAAAGCAUAAACAUGGAUAUUGAGAAAAAUCUGAACAUGGAUAUUCAGAAAAAUCUAAACAUGGACAAUCGGAUAAGCAUAAACAUGGAAAUUCAGAUAGCAUAAAGAAGUCAAAGGAGAAAAUUCUGAAAAGUACAAGAAUUUUCCUGAUAAAAGUGGUUCCAAAAAAGGAGAUGAUGACCAGCAAAUAAAAUCAUCAAAAAAUCUAAAGAGGAAAACAUUGCCAGUAAAAAGUCAAAGCACGAUGACAAAACUGAAAACUGACGAAAAGAAAGAUUCCAUAAAAAGACCUGAGACUAAAAUGAUAUCUGUUGAGGUAAAGAAGAAAGAAAAUAAAAAGGAAGAAAAACUGCAUGAACCAUCGAAGAAAUUGGAGGAAAGCUUAAGUAAUGCUUCUAAUACUAUAGAAUUAACAAUGAAAUGUAAACUUUGUAAAGAAAUCCAUAGCUCUAAAUCAGCAUUAGAAAAGCACAUGAUCAGUGUACAUAAUACCAAAUUGGGCUGUAAAAUAUUUGGAUGUAAACUUUGUACUCCAUCUUUUGAUACAAUGUCUAUAUUGAUCAAACAUAUCGAAUCGCACAAAGAGGAAAGAAAAAAAAUGGUGAAGAAAAAGGAAACACAGAAACAGUCCAAACAAAUAAAAGAGAAGGAAAAGGAAAGACAGAAACAUUAAAAACAAAAUCAAGAGAGCAAAAAGGAAAGACAAACAAUAGAAACAAAAAUAAGAGAACAAAAAGGAAAGACAGAAACAAAAGAAACAAAAACAAGAGAAGAAAAAGGAAAGACAGAAACAGUGAAAAUAAAAACAAAAGAACAAAAUGGAGAGAC